AUGUCUUCCUUCGCCGACACGACUCCUUUCCAGUCCAACCCGAUUGAAACAAAGACACAGCUCGCUGAAUCCUUUGGCCCCCACACAUCUCCUGGUGGCUCCCGUAUUCAUCUCGGGUUCACUGGCACCCACUACGAUGAAACCGCUGCCCAGCUCGAGGGCUUCUCUCGGCCCAUCUGGGGUCUGGCAUCUCUCCUUGCCGGCGGAACGCCUUACGCUGGAGUAGAGCGCUGGGUCAGAGGCUUCGCCAGCGGCACAAAUCCCGACCACGAAGAGUUCUGGGGCCCCAUGCGCAACAAGGACCAGCGGAUGGUCGAGUGCUCCGCCAUCGGCUUUUCGCUUGCUGUCGCGAGGGAGCAUAUAUGGGAUCCAUUGCCAGACGAGGGGAAACGCCAUCUCGAAGAAUGGUUGGGAGGGAUGAACGACAAAGAGAUGCCGAACACGAAUUGGCUCUGGUUCCGAGUCUUCUCCAACCUUGGGCUGUCCAAAGUUGGCUCCCCUCGUUAUGAUGCGAGCCGUCUGAAGGCAGACAUCGAUCACUUGGAUACCUUCUACAUCGGCGAAGGCUGGUCACGGGAUGGCCCAGAGGGCGUCGUGCAACUGGACUAUUAUUCCUCCUCCUUUGCCAUUCAGUUCGCCCAGCUCGUCUACUCCAAGCUCGCGCAAAAAGAGGACCCGGUACGUUGCGAAGAAUUUAGGAACCGCGCACGCAAGUUCGCCCUUGACUUUGUGCGUUAUUUCGAUGACGAAGGCCGGGCGGUCCCCUUCGGCAGGAGUCUCACAUACCGUGCGGCCAUGUCUUCGUUCUGGGGGGCUCUCGCCUUCGCAGACGUAGAACCCCCGGCGCCGCUCACAUGGGGCGUCAUCAAGGGCUUGCAGCUUCGCAACCUGCGCUUCUGGGCCCGUCAGCCCGGCGCGUACUACAGCGACGGUACCUUCACGAUUGGCUACUGCUACCCGAACCUCAACAUGACCGAGAACUACAAUUCGCCCGGAAGCCCGUACUGGUUUUGCAAGGCGUUCGUCACGCUCUCCCUCCCAGAGUCGCACCCUUUCUGGGCUUCCGCCGAGGAGCCCUACCCCGACUCGCUCAAAAACUCGGUCGCGUCCCUGUACAAGCCCCUGCACAUCGCGACCAACCUCGGCGGGCACACCUACAUCCUCUCCUCCGGCCAGCAAUGCUCCUACCCCGUCAAGCAGAGCGCGGCCAAGUACGGCAAGUUCGCGUACUCCGCCGCCUUCGGGUACUCCGUUCCCGUCGGCUCCCUCACGCUCGAGGAGUACGGCGCCGACAACACGCUCGCACUCUCCGACGACGCCGCCGAGGGCUGGAAGGUCCGCCGCGCGACCGAGGACGCGCGGUUCGAGUCCUCCGCGGACGGGAGCACGACGUGGCUCCGCUCGAACUGGCGGCCCUGGCCGGACGUCGUCGUCGAGACCUUCCUCGUCCCGCCGACGCCCGCGGCGCCGCUCUGGCACCUCCGCGUGCACCGAGUGCGCACCGCGCGCGCGCUGCUAUCCGCCGAGGGCGGCUGGCAGGUGCACGGGCAGGCGCGCGACGGCCGCGCGCUCGAGCCCGCGGCCGGGGAGGCGUUCGGCACGCACGAGGGCGGCGGGGAGGCGCGCGCCGCGAGCGCGGCGGGCGUCGUGGGCGUCGCGGAGCUGCGGCCGCGGGCGAGGCCGAGCCGGGUGGGGCGCGCGAUGCGCACGGACGCGAACACGAACCUGAUGGUGCCGCGCGCGGUGAUGCCGACGCUCAUGGACUCGCAUGAGGCGGGCGGCGGGGACACCUGGCUCGUUACGGGCGUGUUUGGGCUGCCGAGCAAGGCGGGCGCGGAGGGUGCCGCGCCAGGUUGGGAGGCGGAGUGGGAGAAGCGGCCUGCUAUCCCGCGGGAGAUCGCGGCCCUUAUGGAGUAG